AUGAGUGGUAACGAGGAUGGUGGCGGUGGUGCUGCUGCUGCCUCAACAGGUGGCCCGCCGCCUGUACCGCAAAAAAUCUACAGGAGGUCCGCUUCUUGGUCCGUUUCCUGGGGCAGCGAACACGAUGCAAGUAACCGGUGCUACGCCGCAGCUACGGUGCACAAUGAAUCCGGUGACCGAUCCCUUCGACUUCCUAGAUCCCAGCAGAACAGCAAGCCGAGGUCCUGCUUACCCCCACUCAGCAUCGCUCGGCGGAGCCUGGAUGAGUGGCCUGUUGCCGGUUCCGAUGAUGUUGGAGAGUGGUCUCAGCCCUUUACGCCAAAUGGGACGUCCAGUGCUAGCAAGCCCGGUGAUGGGUUGAAGCUUGAUCUCUCGUCGCUUCGGGCACAAAGAAUGAGAGAUCGGAUCACAUGCUUCGACAAGGAAUGCUCUAAGGUGGCCGACCACAUUUAUCUUGGGGGCGAUGCGGUAGCCCGCAACCGUGAAAUCCUCCGUCAAAACGGUAUAACUCAUAUCCUUAACUGUGUGGGUAAUUACUGUCCCGAGUACUUCAAGUCGGACUUUGUAUACAAAACCCUCUGGUUGAAAGAUAGCCCCACGGAGGACAUCACGAGCAUACUGUAUGAUGUAUUUGACUACUUCGAGGAUGUGAGGGAACAUGGAGGUAGGGUCUUCGUCCACUGUUGUCAGGGUGUGUCCAGGUCCACCUCGCUCGUUAUUGCAUACCUCAUGUGGAGGAAGGGGCAGAGUUUUGAGGAUGCCUUCAAGCUGGUGAAGUCUGCAAGGGGGAUCGCAAACCCCAACGUGGGUUUUGCAUGUCAGUUGAUGCAGUGCCAGAAGAGAGUCCAUGCAGACCCUCUUAGUCCGAAAUCAUUGGUAAGAAUGUACCGGAUGGCUCCUCAUUCUGAAUACGAUCCACUCCAUCUCGUGCCAAAGAUAUUGAGUGAGCCCUCUCCUUCAGCUUUGGAUUCCAGAGGGGCAUUCAUCAUUCGUAUAUUUUCUUCCAUAUUCGUGUGGAUCGGUAAGAAUUGUGAACCAGAGAUGGCGAGGGAUGCAAAAGCAGCAGCAUAUCAGGUCGUUCGAUAUGAAGGUGCGCAGGGCCCCAUAGUAACAGUUGAGGAGGGGAAAGAGUCAUCACAGUUCUGGGAAGCUCUCUCUAAUGCACCAAAUACCUUGAAGAAUACUGUGAAGGUUCACGAGGACCAGGCGGAUUUAACAAUUAAGAUUGAUGAUCCUGGUAAGCGAAAAGUGAAGUCAUACGAUGCAGAUUUUGAACUAUUUCUUCAAGCAAUUAGAGGAGGCAUCGUCCCACCAUUUUCCCUAUCCAUCGGUGGCCAUGAAACACACAUUCCUGCCAGAGAAAGUGAUUGGAAUAUAUUGAGCAGCAAGUCCAUAUCCGGUGUAAUGAAGAAUUCAAGAGCGGUCAUGUGCAGGGUGUACUCUGAUUCUGCUCUCAUGAAAGAAACCGACGCUGUAUAAUGAAGUUCUAUGGAAUAGGCCUGCCAUCUCAACUUUUCUACCUUUCCCUAGCUUCUGUUCCUAGAUGUCGUUGCUCAGAUUGUCAUGGUUACACCUACUUUUUCACCGUCAUGCAUUCCAUCUAACCUUUCUAACUUGCUCUAUGUACCCCAAAUUUCACAACCCUACUCAGCUGACAAAGAGAUCCCAAUGUGCGUUUGAAAGGGGCUUGGUCGCCAUCGAUGGUGUUUCUUCAACUUCUUUCUGAAGGUGGUCUGGGUUUCUUACAGUCAUGGGUGUUGUUACCCACAAGAACGUCUGGGAAAGAACGAUCACACCCAUAGUUCUUCUGGCGUAUACAUAUUCCUCUGAACCAAUUUAGGGCAAGUUUCAUGUGGCAACUAUGUUUCUGAUAUUCGAAAGCAUGUGUGAGAUGUGUCACUUGAUUGCAGAUGACGAUACUGAUCGUCACCUGACUCGACUGGUUAUGCUGUCAAUAAUUCAACGUGUUCUUACUCUGUGACAAGUAGCUUUCUGCUACCCGGUUUUAACAGGAAGCCUUCUUCGAUCGCGAUCGGUCCAAAGGUUAUUUUUCUCUCUCUGGUUCCCUUACAAGUCUUAUAUGCAUGACGAGUAUCACUGUACAUUUGCUUGGAUCGUUUGGUGCUUCAAACAUGGUAAUGCAGAUGGCAUAAGGUGUGUAUUGAAAACCAUAGAUAUUAGCCAGAAUCUAGUGGAUGGGACUGGCCAAGAGCGACCCAAUAAAGGGUAUGAGUCUUAAUAUUUGAACUCCCAGCAGAACCGUUGCUUGCAUGCGUUGAUGUAGUAAGCAAAAUCUUUUGCAGUGUUGUUGAUUGACCUGUGUUGAGCUGAUGGUAUGGAAAACUCUCUUUAAUGCUAUCUGAUGACCCAGGGCUCUAUUGACUUUUCGAUAGAAUCAAGUAUCAAUAUUUCUUAGUGGACCCGUCGUCAUAGUGGAGAGACCUCUCUCUCUCUCUUUCACGCACACACACAGAAAACGAUGCCAUUAAUGCUACGUUGCAUGUGUCAAUAUCUCUCUUUGCGGUGGAGUGGAACCUACUUAAGUACAUAUCACCCUUGUCGGAAGAAAUGUGAAGAGGUUGAGUGUCCUGGGAGUUGCUCCCAGUUUUCAUGACGCUUGACAACCCGGAUCUCUCUCUUUCUCUCUCUUACUCUCCGAGUAGGGCUCCUCUCCUAUAACAUAGAGAGAGAGAGAGAGACAGAGCACACAAAAAUUAGGUGA